GGUUAUGAAGGCAAUGUGUCAGCUUUGUUUCUUCUUUGUGCCUUCGUUCAUUAUUUUCUCUUAUUUUUGGUUUUGAAUCCUCAAUCUAAACGAAGUGUGUUUUUCUUUGGCUGAUAAAUGAUAAAAAGAUGAGACUGCAACGGAAUUCCCUUUUGUUGUUUUUAUUUGUUGUUUUUCUUUGUUGUGCUUCAGUUUCAUUUUCUCUAGAAAUUCUUUCAGACUUGAACCAGACCAUUGUGUCUCGUGGUAAUAUCUUUGAGCUGGGUUUAUUUCAACCAGAUAAAUAUACUCGUAGUUGGUAUAUAGGGAUAUGGUAUAAGGAGGAUCCGAAGCGAACUGUUCUGUGGGUAGCCAACAGAAACCACCCUCUCUUUGAAUCAAACUUCUCCCUCCGUUUGACCGACAACAACCUCAUCCUUUACAAUCAUCUUAAUCUUCCUAUCUGGUCAACGAAUCUAAUUGGAGGAGAUGGGAGUUCUUCUCAACCGAUGGUGGUAGAACUUCUGGACAGCGGAAACCUAGUGCUCAAAAACACUAACAAAAAGGACUCUUAUAGCAUCUUGUGGCAGAGUUUUGAUUUUCCGACGGAUACUUUACUACCGGAGAUGACACUGGGAAUGAAUCCAAAAACUGGAGCCGACAUAUUCCUUCAAUCAUGGAUAAGUUCUGAUAAUCCUGCAAGUGGGGUAAGAAUUAUGGAAAUUGUAAAUCGAGGAGGUCUCUUUCAGAUUUUUGUAAAUUAUGUUGAGUAUGGAUUUAACGUGUAUGCGCAUCGAAGGGAUCCCUGGAAUGGAAUCCAGUUUGGUGACAUGCCACAGGUUUUUGAGUGGGAUAAGGUCAGUCUCACGUUCGUUAUGUCUUACGGACGAAACUACUCCAGACUGACAUUGACGCCGGGAGGAAAUUAUAAUCUAUAUAAAUGGGUUCAAGAAAAAAAGGAGUGGGAGCUGUCUUGGUCUACUGAAAGAGAUGUGUGCAGUGGAUACCCAUGUGGGUCCAAUGCUUACUGCUUAGAAAACAAAUCACUAUUGACGUGCCUUUGUAUUGAAGGCUUUAUUCCAUUGUCCACGCUACCUUGGGCCGCUGGAAACAAAUUCUCUUGUAGGAGAAAGACGAAGUUGAACUGCCGGGGAGAUGAAUUCUUAAUGCUUAAGAAUAUGAGGAUUCCAGAUACUACAGGCGUAACUGUGGAUAUGAAAAUCAAUUCUAAAGAAUGUUUGAGGAUGUGCCAAGGGGAUUGUUACUGUACAGCAUUUGCGUAUGUCGGUAUCGGCCAGCGCGGUUGUGUCAUUUGGACGAGAGAGCUCACCGACAUUAGAAACUACAGCGUAGGCGGUCAAGAUCUUUAUGUCCGACUUGCAAGUAAUGAAACGGGGGAUACUAAAGAAACAAGAUUGGAGGAGCGUUAUAUCACUUUGAUCAUAGUAGGAGGAAUCGCAGCGUUCAUCCUUGGCUGCUUCUGCCUCUGGAAGCGAAUGAAAAGAGGCUCAUCACACUCACAAGAACCAACUGAAACAGAGAUUAUGAUGACCGAAUUAUCACGAGAAGUUUUCUCUUUCAUUGCGCUCAGAACAGUUGCUGCUGCAACUGAUAACUUCUCUGUAUCCAACGAACUCGGCCGAGGUGGUUUUGGUGUUGUUUACAAGGGAAUCUUAGAUGAUGGCACCAUUGUUGCCGUGAAGAGAUUGUCAAGAACAUCAUUACAAGGGACAAUUGAAUUUAGGAACGAAGUAAGAACCGUUCUCAACGUUCUCCAUAUAAACUUAGUACGCCUGCUAUCAUGUUGUUGUGAAGGGACAGAGCGCAUAUUGGUCUAUGAAUAUAUGGAGAAUUUGAGUUUAAACCGCUUCCUAUUCCGUGGAGCUCUAAGCCGGUCGCUUAGUUGGGAACAGAAGUUCCGUAUCAUGGGUGAGAUUGCACAAGGGCUUUCGUAUCUCCACAACUCAAGAGACAGUCCUAUUCUACAUAGAGACUUGAAACCCAGCAACAUUUUGCUUGACAGUAAUAUGACCGCCAAGAUUUCAGAUUUUGGUAUGGCAAAAUUUUUAGAAAGCGGCCAGACAGAGGCACAGACCCAGCGUGUGGUUGGAUCAUAUGGCUACAUGUCCGAGGAAUACGCAGUGUCUAGAAUAAUUAUUGUCUUUAGGUAA